UCAUAUUUCCACCAUAUCUUCACUUUCUCUCCACCACUCUCUUCCUCCCAACUCUCUCUCUCUCUAAAAAUACAGUAAGAGAGCAGACUCCACUGCUCAGUUUCUUGAAAAUCCGGCGAGAAUUUUCACUGUGAAUCUCAAGUCCGAUUGUUGGAUGACGGAUUAUAGGCUACCGUCGACGAAUCUCUGGGCCGCCACGGCGUCCGCCGCCGGCGAUGACGCGUCCAUGAUGGAGGCGUUCUUGUCCUCCGAUAUGCCCCAGUUUUGGCUCCCGCCGUCCACUACUGCUACUACCAACAACGGCGGCGGCGCGUCGGCGGCGAUGACUACGACGUCUGCUCACGCGCCGCCGCCGCCGCCUGCGGCGGCGGCGUUCAACCAGGAGACGCUACAGCAGCGGCUGCAGACGCUGAUCGACGGCGCGCAGGAGAGCUGGACGUACGCUAUUUUCUGGCAGAGCUCCGUCGACGACUUCGCCGCGCAGGCGUUUCUAGGGUGGGGCGACGGGUACUAUAAAGGGGAGGAGGAUAAGGCGAAGCGGAGCAAGAAAGGGUCGUCGCCGGCGUCGAUAGCGGAGCAAGAGCACCGGAAAAAAGUCCUCCGGGAGCUCAAUUCUUUAAUUUCCGGCCCCGCCUCCACCGACGACGCCGUCGACGAGGAAGUCACGGACACCGAGUGGUUUUUUCUGGUUUCCAUGACCCAAUCGUUCAUGACCGGGUCCGGUCUACCAGGCCAAGCGUUCUACACCUCCAACCCGGUCUGGCUCGCGGGACCGGAACGGCUCGCCGGUUCGGUCUGCGAACGAGCCAGACAGGCCCAGGGGUUCGGGCUCCAAACCAUGGUCUGUAUCCCGUCGGCGAACGGCGUCGUCGAGCUCGGAUCGACGGAGGUGAUUUUUCAGAGCACAGAUUUGAUGAACAAAGUCCGGGUUUUGUUCAAUUUCAAUAACCCCGAUUUGGGUUCCAUCUCCGCCUCCGGCUCCUGGGCGGCGCAGCCGGAAAACGACCCGUCGGCGCUCUGGCUCACCGACCCCGGCCCGGAAGUUAAAGAUUCCGUCAACACAAACGUUCAAGGAAACUCGUUUCCGUCUUCAAUCACCAAGCAAAUCGUCUUCGGAAACGAAAACCCAAAUCCGGCAACCGUCGAAACUCAGAGUAAUAAUAAUAAUUCUCAGCUUUUCCCCCGGGGAUUGAAUUUCUCCGAGUUCGGGCUCGACGGAGGAGGAGCCGCCGUCAGAAACGAAACGUCGUCGCUUUCCUGCAAGAGGGAGUCCGGGGAGAUCUUGAAUUUCGGUGAUAACGCCGUUAAAAGAAGCGCCUGCAGCGGGAACGACGCCAUUUUUUCCGGCCAGUUUCCGGCAGCAGACGAGAACAACAACAACAAUAAAAACAAGAAACGGACGACCACGUCCCGGGGGAGCAACGACGAGGGGAUGCUUUCUUUCGUCUCCGGCGUGGUGGUUCCUUCCGCCGGCGGCGCCGGAGGCGCCACCGGCGAUUCCGACCACUCAGAUCUCGAAGCCUCGGUGGUGAGAGAAGCGGACAGCAGCCGCGUCGUGGUGGAGCCGGAAAAGCGGCCGAAGAAACGCGGCCGGAAACCGGCGAACGGCCGGGAAGAGCCGCUGAACCACGUAGAAGCGGAGAGACAACGGCGGGAGAAACUAAACCAGAGAUUCUACGCCUUACGCGCCGUCGUCCCCAACGUUUCGAAAAUGGACAAAGCCUCCCUCCUCGGCGACGCCAUUUCCUACAUAAACGAGCUCAAAUCGAAGCUCCAAACCGCCGAAUCCGCCCAGGAAGAUCUGAAAACCCAACUGGAAUCCAUAAAGAAAGAAUCCCGACACCCUCCUCCUCCUCCGCCCCCCGAGCCGCCCCUCAAACUCGCCGGAAAAAUCGUCGACAUCGACGUCGACGUCAAAAUCAUCGGGUGGGACGCCAUGAUCAGAAUACAAUGCAGCAAAAAGAACCACCCGGCAGCGCGGCUAAUGGUGGCGCUCAAAGAUCUCGAUCUCGACGUCCACCAUGCGAGCGUUUCUGUGGUGAACGAUUUGAUGAUCCAACAAGCCACCGUGAAGAUGGGCAGCCAUGUUUACAACCAAGAAGAGCUCCGUUUAGCUCUAACUUCAUCCAUCGCUGCAAAUCGUUAAAAACCCGUCAAGAUUACUGUGUUAGAUGCAUCUGUAUUAUAUAUUUAAUUUGUUAUGAUCAUCAGACAGACAGAAGAUCGAGCUGUUUAAGUAUGUUUUAGUCGGUAUAUAUUUUAGUUCUGUUCUUGAUUUUCAGUUCUAAGCUAAGCAAAUUAAAGUUCCGGCCCGGACUCAAUUAAUGUCGUCUAGUCUUCGUGAAUUCUGUGUGUACAUAUAAAAUUUCUGCAGAAUCGUAUAGAGAUAAGAUGAAGUUCAAUCCGCCAUUGUUGUUA